AUGGUGAUGCUACUCAUUAAUCGGAUGGCCAGCCAUCAUAUGUGCGAAGCUUUCCUCAUAAUGCGAUUGCUUUUACCUGUCACGCUGUUUAUUGGCCUGUGUUUGGCUCGUCCCAACAUCAUUGAAUGGAGUCAGCUUUACUCUCCCGUUGAAAAUUUGUCCCAUGAUAAAGCGAUGACUCUCAAGUACCUAUGGCAGAUGUUUCUCAGGGAAUAUAAACACGUCCCUAGUUUUCUCUCUUUUCAAAACUUUGAGUCAAACGUUGUUAAAAUAUGGGAACACCUGGUGAAACCCUCCUCAUUCUCCAUGGGUAUCAACAAGUUCUCCGCAUUGAGUCCCUCUCAAUACAGGAAAUAUCUUGGCUAUCGUCCUAGCGUUGACAAGCUGAAUCUAACCAUCCCUCGUCACGUCUAUCGAAAGCUGACUAGGUACGCCCCACUGCCUAAACACGUUGAUUGGCGUCUAAAGGGGCGCGUAACAGGGGUGAAAGACCAAGGUCAUUGUGGCUCCUGCUGGGCAUUUUCGGCUAUUGGUGCGAUUGAAGGUCAGUACCAACGUGCAUCCGGAAAUCUUGUAAGCCUGUCAGAGCAGCAGCUGGUGGAUUGUAGCUCAAGCUUUGGGAACAUGGGUUGUAACGGUGGUCUCAUGGAUAAUGCCUUCAACUAUGUGAAGGAGGCGGGUGGUGUGGAUCGCGAGGAGGACUACCCCUACGUCUCAGGUGUCACCGAAAAACCCGACAACUGCUCUUUCAAGGCCAAUAUCUCAGUUGCCAAGGUGACCGGUCUAGUGGACGUAAUGUCUGGAAAUGAUGAGGAGUUAAUGGAAGCUCUUGCCUUCAACGGACCCAUCUCCGUCGCCAUCAAUGCAGGACUUACCUCGUUCAUGAUGUACCAUGAGGGCAUCUACGACGAUCCAAAGUGUAAGGGAGGUGUGGAAGACCUCAAUCAUGGUGUUUUGUUGGUGGGCUACGGUGAACAGAACGGUAUCCCUUAUUGGUUGAUUAAGAACAGCUGGGGCACAGACUGGGGUGAGCAUGGAUAUGUUCGUAUCAAGCGGGCCGGUAAUAUGUGCGGUGUUGCUACGGCAGCUUCCUAUCCUCUGAUCUAA